AUGGCAAAGGCGAUACUAAGUAUUGUUGUUGUUCUUGUUUCAUGUUGCUUUGCUCUUCUUGCUUCAGGACAGCUUACUUAUCCAUCGGACGCUGACGCACUGAAUGCGAUUCGGCAUCAACUCAAAGAUCCAGGAAAAACUCUCAGAAAUUGGAAAAAAAGUGAUCCAUGUGAAUCAAACUGGACUGGGGUAAUCUGCACCACGAAUCAAGAUGAUGGUUAUUUCCAUGUUCAAGAAUUGCGGAUGCUAAAUUUGAAUCUUUCUGGAACACUUGCUCCUGAACUUGGCCAACUAUCUAAUUUGACUAUAUUGAAUUUUAUGUGGAACUAUAUUACUGGCAGCAUACCAAAGGAGAUAGGCAAUAUAAAAUCUUUGAAAUUCCUGCUUUUGAGUGGAAAUCAGCUUUCUGGAUCUUUACCAGACGAGCUUGGUUAUCUGCCUAACUUACUAAUGUUGCAGGUGGAUUUGAAUCAGAUAUCAGGAACACUGCCCAAAUCUUUUGCAAAUCUGGUCAGCUGCAAGCACUUUCACAUGAACAACAACUCAAUUAGUGGACAGAUUCCAUCAGAGCUCUCCAUCAUGCCUCAGCUUCUACACUUCCUGUUGGACAAUAAUAACUUAUCAGGGUAUCUACCAUCAGAAUAUUCACAGAUGCGAAGCUUGAAAAUACUCCAACUAGAUAAUAACAAUUUUGGUGGAACUGAGAUUCCUACUUCUUACAGCAACAUUUCCACGCUGGUGAAACUAAGUCUUAGGAACUGCAACUUGCAAGGAGCUAUUCCUGAUUUCAGUAAUAUUCAACCCCUUCGUUAUCUCGAUCUGAGCCGUAACCAACUCACUGGAGGGAUACCAACAAAUAAGCUUUCUGAUAACAUCACAACUAUUGAUCUAUCCUACAAUUUGCUGAAUGGAUCUAUCCCUUCAAACUUUUCAGGCCUUCCUCAUCUUCAGAGAUUGUCACUAGAAAACAAUUUGUUAAGUGGAGAUGUUCCCUCCACUGUUUGGCAAAAUGUGAAUUUUACUGCUGCAGCAAGACUCAUCAUAGAUUUCCAGAACAAUUCACUUUCAAAUAUUUCAGGCAGUAUCAAUCCUCCUUCAAAUGUUACAAUUAGGCUUGAGGGCAAUCCUGUCUGUAAUUUUGCCAAUCAACUAAACAUAGCCAAAUUCUGUGGAAUUACAAUAGGAGAUGAUGAUUUUGUACCUGGAAGCUCAAGUAACUCUAAUAACAGCUGCCCACCUCAAUCUUGUCCUCUAAGUGAAAACUUUGAAUAUGUCCCAGAAUCUCCUCUCUAUUGCUUCUGUGCUGCACCUCUUGGAGUUGGGUUACGUUUAAGAAGUCCUACCAUAUCAGAUUUUCGUCCAUAUACCGUGCCAUAUAGGUUGUACAUAACAGCCAGUCUUGGCUUGGAUCUUUAUCAACUAGCUGUCGACUCAUUUAUAUGGCAAAGGGGUCCUAGGCUGCGGCUGUAUUUAAAAAUUUUCCCUCGAUCUAGCAAUACUACUGCUACAUUCAACCAUAGUGAGAUCCAACGAAUCAGAGACAUGAUUGCUACCUUUGCAAUUCCUUCGAAUGACACCUUUGGUCCAUAUGAGCUGCUCAACUUUACACUGCUCGGACCUUAUUAUAAUGUUGAUCUCCAGCCUCUGGAAUCAGGACUAAGAAAAGGUGCCCUAAUUGGAAUAAUCUUAGGGGCUGUAUUCUCUUUUGUAGCAAUAUGUUUGGCCAUUAUGGUCCUCUUCUAUAAAAGGAGCACUCAAUCCCGGCAUGACGUGUUACAAAAAAAGUCAAUUUCUAAGGUUCCGAUCAGAACUGAAAGUGUUAAGGAAUUCAGCUUUGUAGAACUUGAAGCAGCUACAAGCGGAUUCUCUGAGACCACUCAAGUUGGUCAAGGAGGCUAUGGAAAGGUUUACAGAGGCACUUUGGCUAAUGGAACAGUAGUAGCAAUAAAGCGUGCCCAACAAGGAUCGUUGCAGGGUCAAAUAGAGUUCAUAACUGAAAUAGAACUGUUGUCACGGUUACAUCAUCGGAACCUGGUUUCUUUGGUUGGAUAUUGUAGCGAACAAGACGAGCAGAUGUUAGUGUAUGAGUUUAUGCCCAAUGGUUCUCUCCGUGAUCUUCUCUCAGAUAGAUACAGACAUACCUUGAGUUUCCCUCUGCGAUUGCGUAUUGCAUUGGGUUCAGCCAAAGGCAUCCUCUACCUGCAUAAUGAAGCUGACCCACCAAUAAUUCAUCGGGAUAUUAAGGCAAACAACAUAUUGCUGGACUUCAAGUUUACUCCUAAAGUUUCUGAUUUUGGAAUCUCAAGGCUUGCACCAGUGCCAGAUGCUGAAGGAGCUUCAGCUCAUGUAUCCACAGUUGUGAAAGGCACACCAGGCUACCUGGAUCCAGAAUAUUUCUUGACUCACAAGUUGACAGAGAAAAGUGAUGUCUAUAGCCUUGGAAUAGUGUUUCUGGAACUUUUGACAGGGAUGCAGCCUAUCUCUCAUGGUAGAAAUAUUGUCCGAGAGGUUAAUGGAGCUUGUCAAUCCGGACAGAUGUUUUCCAUCAUAGACCAGAACAUGGGUUCAUACUCUUCUGAGCGCGUCAAGAAAUUUAUGGCACUGGCCCUGCAGUGUUGCCAGGAUGAUCCCCAGGAACGACCAACGAUGUUGGAAGUUGUGAGAGAGUUGGAGAACUUAUGUUCAGUGCUUCCGGAGUCGGAUUUGAUUCCAACAGGGUCAGAUGCCUCCUCUGCAGGCAGUAUGUCAGCAGGGUAUGCCUCAUUGCCUCUCUACUCUGGAAGGAAUUCCCAAGUGACCACUGAAAUCUUAGGAAGUGAACUUAUUAGCGGCGUAAUCCCCACCAUCACGCCUCGCUGAUGCCUGCCAUGCCACCACACCCUUAUUUACUCGACACAUGAAUCAGAUGUGCUCUUAUCAGUUAAUCCUGAAGAAAAUUCAGGUUGAAGGCUGUUUA